AUGCUGGGAAUUGCAGUGCAUGAGGGCGGUCCUUCACCGAGGUGGCUGGCCACUUCCGGUGAGGACAGUAUACUGCCAAUUCCCAUGAGGCCAUUGAAGAGGUAGAAUUGGAGUGGCCAACAACUCUUCUUUCCCGAGGUCUCUAGAGCCAUUCCUGAAGGCGGCUAUGGGAGCACGGAGCCCAAAGCAGAGAUGCGACCACCGCUAAGGGACCUGGAAGAGGCGGGGCUUUGCGCCUCACAGAGGGACCCGCCCCGAUUACAUCACUUCCGUAAACAAAGGGCGCUUGCCCGGGGUUUAUGACCCAGGUUGAUGACCUGCGGUCUUACUGCAGCGGUAGCAGAGGCUUUCAACGCUCUCUGACCUCUUCCAGCCGAGGAAGAGUAACCACAGCCCUUUCUUCCUCCGGUCUUAUGAAGCUGGUAUUGAUGCAAGGAAGAAUUUAAGACAAUGGAAGAGCGGAAAGCAAAGAGGAAAAGCCCCAAGUCUUUCAGUGCCCACUCUACUCAGGUUGUUAAUGCCAAAAAAAAUGCCAUCCCAGCUAGUAAAAGCACAGGGUUUUCAAAUCCCACAUCGCAGUCGACUUCUCAGAGGCCAAAGUUAAAAAGGGUGAUGAAAGAAAAGAACAAACCUCCAGGAGGCGAAGGGAAGGGUGCUCAGGCCACGCCCAUCCAGCACUCCUUCCUCACCGAUGUCUCUGAUGUCCAGGAGAUGGAGCGCGGGCUCCUUAGCCUGCUGAACGAUUUCCACUCUGGAAAGCUACAGGCCUUUGGAAAUGAAUGUUCCAUAGAACAGAUGGAACAUGUCCGGGGAAUGCAGGAGAAAUUAGCUCGCUUGAACUUGGAGCUCUAUGGGGAGUUAGAGGAACUUCCUGAGGAAAAGCGGAAAGCAGCCAGUGACGCAAACCUGGACAGGCUUCUGUCUGACGGGGCUGAAAAGCUGACUCAGCGUCUAAAAGUACUUGCUGCUCUUGCAGAAGACCCAGAUUCUGUUUCCAGCACCCACUUGACGGCCCUCGACCCUCUCUAACUUCAGUUCCGGGGAUCUGAAGCCCUCUCUGGCCUCGGAGGGCACCAGGCACACAUGCUGUGCACAUGCUUACAUUUGGGCAAAACACACAUACCCAUAAAAUAAAAAUAAAUAUCUAAAGCCUUAGGGAGCUAGGGAGAUGGCUCGGUUGGUAAAGUUCAUGCCACACCAGCAUGAGGGCCUGAGUUCAGAUGAUCGGCACCUGUGUGUAAAGUGCCUGUAAUCUCAACACUAGAGAAGCAGAGACAAGAUCUCUGAGGAUUACAGGCUGCCCUUUCUUGCUGAAUUUCUGAGCUUCGGGUUUGGUGAGAGAUCCUGUCUCAAAGAAAUAAGGUGGAGAACAGUUAAGGAGGACACCCAGCAGUGACCUCUGGCCUCCUUAUGUGCAGGUGCACAGCAACUUAUGGAUACACAGACAUUGCUGGCCAGUGGUGGCACACGCCUUUAAUCCCAGCACUUGGGAGGCAGAGGCAGGUAGAUUUCUGAGUUCGAGGCCAGCCUGGUCUAUAGAGUGAGUUCCAGGACAGCCAGGGCUAUACAGAGAAACGCUGUCUCAAAACAAACAAACGAACGAACAAAAAAAAAAAAACACAAAAAAAACAAACAAACAAGAAAAAACAGGAUGCACAGACAUUUUUAUAAAACAAAAGAGAAUAAAUAAAAACUGACCCCAACGUAUUUUAGCUUCAUGUUCACCAGAGACAAGAGAGCUUGUUUCUGCAAUUUUUCUUUUUCUUUUUCUCUUUCACUUUUUUUUUAAAAAAGUAAAUAUAAGGCAGUUGUCUGCCCACACUUUAAAAACUACACCUAGAAUAUUAGCAGUGUGGUCUUGUAAUACCAGCAUUAGGGAAGUGGAUGUAGGAGGAACAGGAGUUCAAGGUCAGCUUCACCUACAAGGUGAGUUCAAGGCUAGCCUGGGCUAUAUGAGGCCUAUCUCAACAAACAAAAAGACCUUCAAGCCUGUACUUUAAAGAAUCAAGCCGGGCGGUGGUGGCGCACGCCUUUAAUCCCAGCACUUGGGAGGCAGAGGUAGGCGGAUUUCUGAGUUCGAGGCCAGCCUGGUCUACCGAGUGAGUUCCAGGACAGCCAAGGCUAUACAGAGAAACCCUGUCUC